CCUCGCCGCGCCGCCUCACGGGGCCAGCCCGGGACGCCGCUCGACCCCUCGCCGUCCCCGGCCCCAUGCAGUCCCGGCUCCUGCUCCUCGGGGCGCCCGGCGGCCACGGCGGAUCAGCCUCGCGGCGCGUGCGGCUGAUCCUGCGGCAGGUGGUGCGGGGCAGGCCGGGCGGCGACAGGCAGCGGCCGGAGAUCAGACUGCUGCACACCGGGGCGGGGGCUGACACAGGUGAUAUAGUUAAUAUUGGGGAUGUAUCCUACAAGUUGAAAACUCCUAAGAACCCAGAACUUGUGCCGCAGAACUACAUUUCAGACUCUCCAGCUCAAUCCGUAGUUCAGCAUCUGAGAUGGAUAAUGCAGAAGGAUCUUUUGGGGCAAGAUGUCUUUCUAAUAGGACCUCCUGGACCUCUUCGACGUUCUAUUGCUAUGCAGUACUUGGAGCUGACCAAAAGGGAGGUUGAAUACAUUGCCCUGUCAAGGGACACAACUGAAACUGAUCUCAAACAGCGACGAGAGAUCCGUGCAGGCACGGCUUUUUACAUUGAUCAGUGUGCAGUUCGUGCAGCCACAGAAGGCAGAACUCUCAUUUUGGAAGGCUUGGAAAAGGCGGAGAGGAAUGUUUUACCUGUUUUGAACAACUUGCUGGAAAACAGGGAGAUGCAGCUUGAAGAUGGACGCUUUCUGAUGUCUGCCGAGCGUUAUGACAAACUUCUCCAAGAUCAUACUAAAACAGAGUUGGAUGCUUGGAAGAUUGUCCGAGUUAGUGAAAAUUUCCGAGUGAUUGCCUUGGGCUUGCCUGUGCCACGGUAUUCUGGGAAUCCAUUAGACCCCCCUCUUCGUUCUCGAUUUCAAGCCAGAGAUAUUUAUUAUCUGCCCUUCAAGGACCAACUUAAACUAUUAUAUUCAGCUGGUGCCAAUGUUUCUGCUGAAAAAAUUUCUCAGCUCUUGUCCUUUGCCACAACUCUCUGUUCCCAAGAAUCUUCUACUCUUGGCCUUCCAGAUUUUCCUUUAGAUAGUUUACCAGCUGCAGUUCAAAUCCUGGAUUCCUUUCCUAUGAUGUCAAUAAAGCAUCCAAUCCAGUGGCUUUAUCCAUACACUAUUUUACUAGGACAUGAAGGCAAGAUGGCUGUAGAAGGUGUUUUAAAACGUUUUGAACUCCAAGAUUCAGAAAACUCUCUGCUUCCUAAAGAGAUUGUAAGAGUGGAGAGGAUGACUGAAAACUAUGUCUCCCAAGCUUCUGUAACCAUCCGAAUUGCAGAAAGAGAGGUUACCAUUAAGGUGCCAGCCGGGACCAGACCAUUAAGUCAACCUUGUGUAGCAGACCGUUUCAUACAGACUUUAAGUCAUAAGCAGCUCCAGGCUGAAAUGAUGCAGUCUCACAUGGUUAAGGACAUAUGUUUAAUUGGAGGAAAGGGUUGUGGAAAAACAGUCAUCGCUAAGAACUUUGCUGACACCUUAGGAUACAAUGUAGAACCUAUUAUGCUUUAUCAGGAUAUGACAGCACGUGAUCUGCUACAGCAGAGAUACACUCUUCCCAAUGGAGACACUGCCUGGCGGUCCUCACCCCUUGUGAAUGCUGCUCUGGAAGGCAAACUGGUCCUGCUUGAUGGCAUUCAUCGGAUCAACGCGGGCACACUCACUGUAUUGCAAAGGUUAAUCCAUGAUCGAGAGCUAAGCCUCUAUGAUGGCUCUAGGCUGCUGAGAGAAGACAGGUACAGGCGCUUAAAAGAGGAGCUACAAAUGUCUGAUGAGCAGCUACAGAAGAGGUCCAUUUUUCCAAUCCACCCUUCCUUCAGAAUCAUCGCCUUGGCAGAACCCCCUGUUAUUGGAAGCACAACACAGCAGUGGCUGGGACCAGAAUUCUUAACCAUGUUCUUUUUCCAUUAUAUGAAACCACUUGUCAAAAGUGAAGAAAUCCAAGUGAUUAAGGAAAUGGUCCCAGAUAUACCUCAAGAAGCUUUGAAUAAGUUAUUAUCAUUUACACACAAACUAAGGGAGACACAGGAUCCAACAGCACAAUCAUUAGCAGCAUCACUUUCUACCAGACAACUGUUGCGGAUUUCUCACCGUCUGUCACAGUAUCCUAAUGAAAAUCUUCACAGUACUGUCACUAAAGCCUGCCUUUCCAGGUUUUUACCAAGCCUUGCCAGGUCAGCAUUAGAAAAAAAUCUAGUGGAUGCUACAAUAGAAAUAGGUAGUGAUGAUGAUCUGGAACCAGAACUAAAGGAUUAUAAAUGUGAAGUAGCAUCUGGAUCUCUGAGGAUUGGUGCUGUUAGUGCACCGAUCUAUAAUGCCCAUGAGAAAAUGAAAGUGCCUGAUGUUCUGUUCUACGACAAUAUUCAGCAUAUGAUAGUGAUGGAAGAUAUGCUCAAAGACUUUCUCCUUGGAGAACACUUAUUAUUGGUUGGCAACCAGGGUGUAGGAAAAAACAAGAUUGUUGAUAGAUUCCUUCAUCUACUCAACAGACCCCGAGAAUACAUCCAGUUGCACAGAGAUACCACAGUACAAACUCUUACUCUUCAGCCUUCAGUUAAAGAUGGACUUAUUGUAUAUGAAGACUCACCUCUGGUUAAAGCAGUAAAGUUGGGUCAUAUUCUGGUGGUAGACGAGGCAGACAAAGCCCCAACAAAUGUCACCUGUAUUUUUAAAACUCUAGUAGAAAACGGAGAAAUGAUUCUAGCAGAUGGAAGACGCAUUGUUGCAAAUUCUGCUAAUGUGAAUGGAAGAGAAAAUGUUGUAGUGAUCCAUCCUGACUUUAGGAUGAUUGUUCUGGCCAACAGACCUGGAUUUCCUUUCCUAGGCAAUGAUUUCUUCGGUACCUUAGGUGAUAUUUUCAGCUGCCAUGCAGUUGAUAACCCCAAACCCCACUCAGAACUUGAGAUGCUCAGACAGUAUGGACCAAAUGUGCCUGAGCCCAUCCUUCAGAAGCUUGUGGCUGCUUUUGGAGAGCUAAGGAAUUUGGCCGACCAGGGGAUCAUCAACUAUCCUUAUUCUACUAGGGAAGUUGUCAACAUAGUCAAACAUUUACAGAAAUUUCCCACUGAAGGGCUCUCCAGUGUGGUUCGGAAUGUGUUUGACUUUGAUUCCUAUAACAACGACAUGAGGGAGAUUUUGAUUAAUACUUUACACAAAUACGGGAUACCAAUCGGAGCGAAGCCCACCAGUGUGCAGCUGGCAAAGGAGUAAGGCAAACUCAUUGUUGAUCAAAAUACUCUUGAGCAGUGUUCAUUUAAUUCUUAAAUGCUGGUAAUUCUUGGUCUACUGUUUAUUAAGCUGAGUUGCUAUGAAAAUUAUU